AUCCAUCCACACACACAGGCACACGCACGCACAUCCAUCCAUCCAUCAUCCCUCCGGCUGGCCGCCGCCGGCCUGCAUGCCAUUCAGGAAGGCCAGUGCCUGCACACACCCAAGAAAAGCAUCGCCUCCAGAAACUCUGUUUUGGCCGUCACAUGGUGGACGUGUAUUCUGUCAGACCUUCUUGAGCCCAUCGCUCUCGAUCCUUCGGGCCUCCAGGCGCUUGUCGAAAUUGUCCAGGAUGAAGUCGCAGUGAGGCUUGAUUUCCUCCAAGUACGCCAAUACGGCAUCCUGCCAGUGGAUAUUGAUGACCACAUACACACACACAUAGGCUUAUCCAUGCCACAAUUUUUCCUUCCGUGACCGACCAGGUCUUCCUGUUCGGCGCUCCGCUCGCCCAUCUUGUUGGAAGCAUCCAGCUCCAGCUCUCCUGACACAUACGCACAAACAACACAUGAGGCGGGUUUCUGUUUAUGUCUCCCUCUCUCUCGCUGUCUCAUGUGUGUACCGACCCACCCACCGUGUGUGCCCUGUGCAGUGGUCCGCUCGCCAUCCAGUGUCUGGAUGUCGGUGUCGCUGUCGGCCAUGUACUGCUGGUACUCGCUCUCGGCCGUCGUCUCGUCCUCACGAGCCUUCUCUAAGUCGCUCUCCAGAUCCUGAGGAGCAAGACACGAAGAGUAGAGAGAUACAUCUCAUCUACGCGAACAAUGCUUCGUCUCUUCUCAGGACUUACAUACCGUUUUUAUCAUGUUGAGCACGGCGACGAUGCCGCCGCUUUCGCCCUGUUUGUUGAAGCACACAAUACAUUGGUGGCCGAUUUCCUGUCUGUCUGUCUGUGUGUGUGACUUGUGGCGGGCCCACUUACCGAGCUGCCCGUGUAGGGCCCUGUCCACAGCACGGGUGGCGGGGAGAUGGCCGCGUCACGCUCCAGCUGAUUGGGGCUGGCCUUCUGGGUGCCAUACUACAACGAACACACACACACACACACAAAACAAGCAAACACACAAACAACGACGAGAGGAAGUGACCACAGUACGACCGCAUGUCUCUCUCCAUCUCCCUCUCCCGCCCACCAGCUGCAGCCUUCUGCGCUUGUUGGUGCGCAUGGUGCCAGUAGUGGCCUUGGAGCGAUGCAGCUGCAGCGUCGCCGUGUGUGCAUGAGUGCGGACGUGGCCCUCCUCGACCAGAGCGAACUCGAGGCUGUUGGCCUCGUAGAAGCCGCGGAGGGUCUCGGCAGCACCCGCCAGCAAGGCAAUGGCGUCCAGAUCAUCUGUGUGUGAGAGGAGAGCAGAUUUAGCGAGCGGUCUAUUUCUCUCUGUGCUACGACGUCUACCGUGUUGGUUCUGUGUAAAUUCAGUCCGCUCGGCUUCGCGUUGGGUGGUGGCCUUCUGUCGGGACUCCUUCACGUCAGCGAUCGUCUGCAUCAGUGUUCAAGGGACGAGAAGAGAAGGGCAUACACAGAGGUUUGAAGGAUGGCAGCGGGUGACCUGGCUGAUCGUCUUGAUGUGCUGAAUGAGGUCCGCCUGCGACUUCCGGAUGCGCUCUAUCUCGCCAGUCAGGUCGUCGAGCGUUUGACUGAGGAGACAUACACACAUUUUCGUCCUUCCAGCUCACUCCUUCCUCGCACCUGCUUUCGCGCGCCUCUGCGUCUUUGUUGGCGAUGUCGGCUUUGCACUGCUCCUUCCAACUGAUGUCGUCCUUCUCCUCCUGCCUCAUGUGACACACAGCGCACGCCACACAAGGACGGCCGGUGACUCGUUAUCUCUCCUUCUCUCGUACUGUAGGUUGGCGAUCUCCUUGUUGAUGACGUCUUUGACGAGCACAAAGGGGUCAGUGCCGUUGACCAUCAGGGGAGCGUCUCUGUCACCCUGUCCAUGUGUGAGAAUGACAUAAAAGAGAAUGUCAUGGUGCAGGCGUCUUUGAAUGACCGGAGGCGAUUCACACCCGUACCUCGAGUUGGUGCACCAGCUGGAUAAGCUUGGCAUUGUGCAGACGGCCUGAAUGAACGAGAAAGAUACAAAGGCUCUGUAUAUGCUGGCGCUUCUCCCUUCUCUGUGUGUGUGUGUAUACGGGCGAUCCGAGUCAGGUUAUCGACCACACUCCGUUUCACCUCCUCAGCAAGGCUCACGGGCCGCACCCUCUCCUACAUCAACCAGAACACCGACACAAAUGCCCUCCUGUGCAUCCAGCAUCCGUACCUUCAACUGCAGCAGCACCUGCCCCUCGUGUCUCUUCAUGGUCUUGCUAAACAGGUCCCGCGAGUCGUCGCUGUGCAGCAUCUGGAUGGCCUUGCGCACUGACUGCAGCUCGGCCUCGCGCAACUCAACACGCUCUGACGCACAAACACAUGACAGAGAGGGGAAGAGAGGGUCAACUGCAGAGCAUGCUUGGAUAAUGCCGAGGUACGGUUGAAUUCGGUGUUCUUGGUCUGGCUGUCCCGCCGCACGUCGGCCAGCAGCUGGGUGUCCGCCUCGAUUUGUGCCGAAAGUUCCUCCUUCUCCUUGUUGUACUCCACCAGCUUCUGCUCCAAAGGCACAUGAUAGGUGUUUGCCUUGCGGGCUUGCUGGGCACAUUCGCUGUCACACCUUAGCUCUGGCUGCCCCCUCUAGCCGCUGUGCAUUUUGCUGCUCCUGAAGGGACGAGAUCUCCUCCUCUGCAGAUGCCCAGAGAAACGAGUGUGUUCAGCUGCUCUGCGCGGCUGCAUUCUCACUGACCCUUAGCAGCUUUCAGUUCGAUGAACAGCGUGGUAGCAUCCGUCUCUUUCUGCGCACACAUCACAUGCAGGCAAAAGGCGCCCGUGUGUAGAUCCCAUCCCGCUGUGUGUCCUUGCCUGGUUAGUCUCGUCGAGGUUCUUUUGGAAUGCAUCGAGCAUGCUGGCAAGCGUCUGCUGCACCGUGGUGGAGCCGGCCUCAUAGGCCUUCCUGAAGGGGGACGCCCUGAAGAAACACCGUGUACACGCCAAUUGAUUCCCCUCUUGAACUCUGCUCACUUGUUCAAUUUCCAGUCGGGCUGUGGAAUGUCUUCCAGCUGGGGCUCCGCACGGUUGAGGAAGUUCUCAAACACACGAACCUCGUUGGCGCUUGACGUACACCACAACACCAUACCGAGAGGGAAGGAACAUCCAUCGUGCUUUGGGACAAAUUCCGCCUCCUCACCGCAGGUAUUUUCUGCCAAUGUCAAGCACGUGGCGGAGGUCGAAUUUGGACACCAUCAGCCUGUGCCUGAUAGAAAGCAGUGACACACCGACGGCAUCCCAGCCAUCUCCUGCGGCUUGCCAAAGAGAUGCGACUCACCGCAGCAUGCGCAGCUUGGAUGAUGCUUCGUGUGUGUGUUGGUCGUUGGCGUGCAUGCCAGCUUCCAUCGCCAGCAGCUGCACAGAUGGUGUUGUGGCGUUGCUCAAGGUGGCCAUAGCAGACUGACAACAACAGCUAUAAUGACUGGACCGGACCGCAUUGAGUGCCAGCACUUUCCCUGCCAUGUGCUCACCUGAAGGGCCUGGAUUGCCGCCUCCAUCUCGGCCUUAUUCUGCAGAUACGCCUGCUCUUCCUGUGCAGACGAUAACAGACCGCUCAGCAAGUGCGUCCACGGUAUGCUCCAAGCCUACGUCACGACGUGUGGUUGUCAUGUUGGUCAACUCCUGCUGCGCCGCCGCCAGCUGUGUGCAAGCACACAUACACACACACAGCCAUCCAUCCAUCCAUCCAUCCAUCCGGCACCUGUGUGUUUGGCGAGUGCAUGUACCUCUUCUUUGAGGUCCUCCCCCUCUGUGGUGAGGAUGGUGCGGCCGGCGGUCAAGUCAUCUAUCAGACCAGCCAAUUCCUCCACACGAGCACUGAGAAAAAAGAGCAGGGAAGGCGAAGCCAAAAGGGCCGACAGGUUGAAGGCGUUGCAGUGCCCCUGUGGGUGAUAUGUCAAGUGUGUGUGGAUGUGUACGUGUUGUCCUUGAUGGCUUCUUCCUUCUUCGCUGUGACGUCGUCGCACCAACACUCAUACUUCUUAAACAACCUCUGCUCGGCCUUCCCUGUAGCAGCCAGGCCAAAGACCAGCAGACAGUUGCCGCGAAACCUGCAGCUCAUUGAUGUGCGCCGUCCUCACCAUCGUUGUCUAUCUUGGUGGCAAGAUGUUCCAGCAACUCCACGACUGGAGAAAUGGGACUCUUCUUGAAAGCGUCCUCGGCGAGGGCUGUGCCGAUGACGGCCAGCCCGCAGAGAACAAACAGCCACGAAACCAUAUUGGGGUUCGAUUUGGGGGGUCCUGUCCUUCGGUAAAUUAAAAGUAGUAAGUGCAU